AGGAAAGUCUGGUGGAGGCUACGCCCGGAGUAAUCCACCUGUCGUGAUGAGGAAUGUGCGAAGUUUUACCCCAGCGCCCUGACGGCUCCCGUGCUGUGAGAUGCCCUUCUACAGACACCGUACAGAUCUCAUGGGUAUUACAUCAUACCUCUGCCGGCCUGCUACACGUACACAAACUCAUGCAGACCUACCCUACACAACAGCCGGCUGAGGAAAAACAGCAGCAGCGAGAACUUCAUUGUCUGAGAAAAGUAGAAGAGCCCACAGUUCGUGAACCUUACCAUUCCAGCACUGCAGAGGAUGGCGCACCAGAACGGGGAGAACUCCCUGACGAGAGAGGAGCUGACGGAGCUACAGAUGGCCUUCCAGGAGUUCGACAAGGACGGGAACGGCUUCAUAGACCGCAGAGAGCUGCUCAACGUCAUGAGGUGUCUCGGACUCAACCCGUCUUCGAUGGAGGUAGUGGAGAUGCUGGCCUCCGUGGAUGAGGACGGCUCCGGAACGAUCGACUUCGAGGAGUUCGUCAUCCUGAUGACCACGAAGCUUCCGGGCGCCACGGACGUGAGCGACCCGAUCCAGACCCUGUACAGUUCGGAGAUCCUGCGGGAGGCGUUCCGUGUGUUCGAUAAGGACGGGCUGGGGUACGUGCACGAGUCGGAGCUGCGCUACAACCUGACGCACCUCGGACACAAACUCAGCGACUCGGACGUGGACGAGCUCCUCAGGCACAUCGACAUCGACAGCGACGGGCAGUUCAGCUAUCAGGACGUCGUCAGGAAGCUCUGCAUUCAGAGGAACUUCAAAAACAUCGACCCCAAUGCCAAGAGAAAGAAAAGCAGGAGCAAGACCAGCUUGACAAAGAGCAAGGAGACUCUGGUUUGAUUGACAGUGAUUCACCUGACUUCAGCGUUGGCUUUUUUAUCUAUCUAAAAAUUCAGCUUAGGUUUAUUCGAAUAAAAGUUAAUCUGUUACGAUAUAUAUUAAAUGACAUUAUGAACAUUUCAAAAUCUUGUUGAUAAGAAUUUUACUUUUAUGCAUGCAAGAAUUUGGCUUUUUUGCAUAGCACUUUAUUAUCAUUGGUACAUUCAUGAUUCAGAAUUGUGGUCCAUAACUUCCUUCUUUAGAUAUAUAGAGAUUGACUGAAAAUAUGGUAUAAAAAUACACAUAAUAAAGUAGAUAGAAAAUAAAGAUUAAUCAAUAGCAUUGCACAAAAGUACCGAGUAUCCUAUAUAGUAUACAUGGCAAUGACCUCAAUUGUUGUAACAGAUGACAGUAUGAAGCAUGAAUACAUAUUGAUUUUGUGACAUGUUUUACGAUGCAGUAUAUUCAGGAAUUAAGGUCCUUGUUGCACAAGAUAAUGUUACUAAUUGUUCAUGUAUACAUCUAAUGAUAUUACGCACGAUUAUCACAUAUAAGAUCCUUGACGAUGAAGUUCAAUACAGUGUUUGUUACUUCUACAGUUGUGUCUUACUGAACAUACAUCGUCAUGUUGGUCAUGGUCAUGUUAAUGGAGAUUGUCAUAUCUCCAUUAAAUAGUUUUUCUAAUUUAUUUUGUUUUAUUUUGUCUCAUCCAUUAUUGAAAGGUCUAUCCUUUAGCAGAAUACCUUCUUCUUAUUACAUUAACAUUUCAUCAUUCAUUAUGCAAAUACACUCCACAUUUACAUAAUGUUAUUACAAUAAUUGGUAUCUG